AGCAUUGGGAGUAAGAGUAUGAGAACAUGUUGCUGUGUAUUUGUAUGUUCAUAUCACAGUGGGAAUCCAUUUGCACUAAUCUCAGAAAUUGAUUCGUAUAUAUAUACACAUUUUUGACAGUGCAUUGACGUCCGACAGGUGCAUUAAACUUGCACACAAACGCUUCAGACAUGUGCUAGAUCGACCCAAGCUACGUAUUAAUCGUUCACGCUGUGAACGAUGACAGUCUCGACUUAAGCUAGCAAACCAGUCAUCGAUCUGCUUGAAAAACUUGUUUUCUGUGCCAUACUCAGCGACAGUUCGGUGAUUGCGACACGGCGACAAAGGCAACAGAUGUUGUUGCAGAGAGGGAGACUAGGAAAGCGGUGGUGGAGGUGGAAGUGAGGCAGAGAGAAGUUGAUGUUGUGGUGAUCCCCAGCCAGGUUUCGAUUUCACAAUAUAGGGACGCUCAGAUCCCCACGCCAACAGACGCUGGAGAUUUGCGACGUGGGUGCCGGGUAACGGUUUUCCCUCCAUGUCGCCGCGCCGCCACUCUUUGAGCUACGCGUAGAUUAGCCACCUUAAGUGGGUUUGUUUUGCACAUACUAAGCAAACCUGGGAGUGCUGGGCUCCACAGAUGUCACAGUUGUAGGAUUGGGAGAGAGGUACUUCGAAGGCUCGGAUUUCUUCUUCUUCUUCUGCUGCUCACAGAGAGCCUGGCCUGUCGUCAAUCCCUCCCUCUCUUUUCAGCUUCUGCACUGGUUUGGCGAUUGUCUUUGAGGCAUAAGAGCCUGUUGCUGUGGCCAUGCGUGCGAUUCUGUGAGAGCCAUGUGCAGACCGCAGCGACCUGAGAGUCGGACGUAAAUGCUUCAUCAGGUGUGAGACAGGCGGUGCACUUCGUGGUAUGGACCCCGAUCAGUUUUAGGAGAGAACGCGGGUGAGGAGUUCUGCGGAGGAUACUCUUAUCACGGCUUGGUAGCAGUGUUCGUUUGUGGGGUUCGAGAGUAGUUCUGCUCUUCUGAAUGAGCGGAAACGGAGUGUGAGAGGAACGCGGAGCAUGCAGGUGUCGGUGCGUGGACGUCAUGAUCUUCUUCAGCUGAUGAUGCAACGGUGCAUAUGUUGGCGGGACUGCGUGGUCGAGGUGUCAUGAGUUGCUGACAUACAAUCGCUGGCGGAGCACAGGUUUAAUCUUGAGAGAUGAAGAAAGACCAAUUUCGGUGUACAAUUGUGAGGUACAAAUUUCUGGCAUUAUAGAUUGUGGUUCGUGGCCCGUUCGAGACUGGCAAGUCCCAGACAUACAUUAUAUACUAUGAUUAGUAUCGCAGAUGAGUUAUCUGCGUUCUCACACACUCUUGAUUCGACGAGUCAGAGGUGAGAGCGAGAGAGAGAGAGAGAGAGAAAAGAGAUAGAGCGAGAAAACUCAGGUGCCGAGAGCUGGUUGCUUCUAGAUAUUUUGCUCUUAGGUACAUCGGUAGGACACAGCACCCGUUCUCACACUGAAUUUCAUGGUUUCUGCCGGACGCUUCUCUGAUCUCUAUCAACACCACAGCUGUAUGUAUCCGUUCUUGGUCCCCGAAAAUUCCGACUACCUUGACUUCUAGAUUUGCCAUUCCUUCUUUCACAGUUACAGUGUCAACCAGCUUGUCGUUCCAAUUUUUGAGCACUCGCUCAAGAUUGCUUAUAGCACAAUGUAGAGAACCUGUGACAAAGUGCAGCGAUACUUCUGUGGGCUCGGGUGAUCUUGUAUUACGUCGACCAUUGCUUCCGGAGCUCUCUUGCAGAGGCUCUCAACUACAUGAAAGCGACUGCUGGGAGGAAAAACUCAUCGGGCAGUAGUUCAGAUCUCGACCUCAUGGACAUGCGCUUCGUUCGCGUCUUGGCCCUGGCAAGCAUGUUGAGGAUGGUGGCGUCACAAGCAACAAAUUCAGUCGACUUGCAAGUCCUUCACGAGAUGAUGUACUCCAUAAACUUUGAAUACAAUUGGGACAGCUACUAUCCGGACCCCUGCAUCUCCGGUCCCCAGGGCAUUGUCUGCGAGGCCGACCCUGUGACGAAUCUCUACUACGUCACACAGAUGCAGUUCGGCUACAUUUCCCCCAUCGCCAACCUCAUCCCCUGCAGCUGGAACGCCACAAUCCCCGCAUCUAUUGCUAAUCUCACCCGCCUGGACACUCUCUCCUUCUACAACUGCUUCUCGAUCUCGACCGUCUCUAUACCCGAAGAUAUCUCCUCCCUUGGUCCUACUCUUCGGCGGCUGUCCUUCAGUGGUAAUCCAGGGCUAACCGGCGCCAUCCCCUCAGGUCUAGGGAAGCUCACGGGGCUUCAACGACUAGUCCUCUCGCAAAAUGGGCUUCAAGGGAGGAUUCCAGAGGAGCUGGGCAAUCUGCAGUGCCUCAUCCAGCUGGAUUUCAGCCACAACAACCUCUCCGGUUCUGUUCCUGAAACUUUCGGUGCAAUGAACAGCCUCGUGAACUUGGACCUUAGGUACAACCACCUAGAUGGUACGCUUCCCCCUUCCCUCACCCAGGGCCUGCCUCAGCUCCAGCGGCUUGCCUUGAGCCACAACCAUCUCUCAGGCAGCUUGCCAGACACUUUCACCGGGCUCAACUCCCUCACCUUCCUCGACUUGAGCCACAACGAGCUGACGGGCCUGUUGCCGCCAUCGCUGGGGCACUUGACAAAUCUCGAAGACCUCUUCCUGAAUUCAAAUUCCCUCGUUGGAAACAUCCCAGCCCCUAUCGGCAUGUUGAAGAGCCUCGUGAGGCUGGACCUGUCCUCCUGCUCGUUCGGCAACAAGAUUCCCGAUUCUUUGAAAAACCUGGAGAAUCUCAGGUUUCUCUCCAUAAGCAACAACAAGCUCUCGGGGCCAAUUCCUGCCUCCUUGGCUUCUUUGCCGCAGAUAUUCACUCUGAACCUGGACGGAAACCAACUCACUGGACCUGUGCCAUUCCCUGCUUCAUUUGUGAAGAAGAUGGGUCGCAACAUGCGGUUGGGAGACAACCCUGGGCUUUGCUUCAACUCGCAGCUUGUCAGCGUCAAGAUCCCUGAUCUGGGCUUAAACCACUGUGCCGAUCCGCCAACCAUGCCUGCCAACGCGCCGAGAUCUCCUCUAGCAACACUGUAUCCAAAUGCUACCAUCAGACAAACCUCGUUGUCUCUCUUCCAGUGGAGUUUUUGGACAUCGACAUUGGCUCUUCUUUUUCUCGAAGUGUAAAAAAAACGAUUGCUCGCUGAAUUUUGCAACGCACAGCAUUCAUUCUGUGAUUUGGUGGAAGGUGGAGAAGAAAAAGUCGAUGCAGAUGUUCUAACAGAACCGUCAUUCCACGAUCCGCAUGUCCAAUUCCCUGAUAAAUAGGACUGAUACUGGAAACUUUGUGAAGGUGUGUUGUAGAUGCAUAAAUUGGGUUUCUACCCUGCUCUAGAUCCGUGGUCUUUGUGAAGAGGUAGGUUUCGAGGGCAAUGCUAAUAUGGUCAACUUCAGCUCUUAGUAGAUCCGACACCCUCGCCAGGAUUUUUUCCUGUUUUUCAGUUGCCAAAUGAAUUUGUAGUGGAUUUUUUUUUUUUUUUUUUUUUUUUUUUUAGCAAGCUUUGGACUUGCUGGCAAGAGAAGAGGAUGGGCAAGUAAUUUGCUACACUACUAUUCACUUUCUCAACACUUGCAGGCAGCUACAGUUUUAGGUUUUGCUCAUUGUUGGUCCUCUGUUCUGAGCAACUUUAUUGCCAGAGGUUGGCAAUUGAAACUGUAACAAAGCCCAUCGAUUCCGUUCGGAAGCUUCUUGUAGAUUUUUAAUGCUUAAACUAGCUACUUUUCGUUGCAA